GAGCCCGCGCGGCAGAGCCCGUAUGCAAAUAGGCCAUGUGACGGCAAAAGCCGCCGGGCCCAGCCCUGUUCCUCAGUCCAUAUAUGGGCAGCGACGUCACGGGCAUUGAGGACCUGCCCAUAAAUACUUAGAGCAACACUUUCCGUCUAACUGAGAGAGCAGCAAUUGAUUAAUAGCUCGGCGAGGGGACACACUGACUGUUAUAAUAACACUACACCAGCAACUCCUGGCUCUCCAACGGCCGGAUCACAGGAGAGAGGAGAGAGUCAGUGGCAAAUAGCCAUUUUUCUUCUUUCUGAAAAAAACGGCAACUUGUUUGCUAGUUUUAUUUCUGUUGGAUUUUUUUUUUUUUUUGAUAGGUGGUUUUUAAGUGUGGAGGGCAAAAGGAGAUACCAACCCAGCCUCGGUCCAACACCUCUCCAAAACGGCUUCUCUGACACUCCAGCUGUCUGACAACAUCUACCCGGUGGAGGACCUCGCCGCCCCGUCGGUGACCAUCUUCCCCAAUGCCGAACUGGGAGGCCCCUUUGACCAGAUGAAUGGAGUGGCCGGAGAUGGCAUGAUCAACAUUGACAUGACUGGAGAGAAGAGGGCCUUGGAUCUCCCUUAUCCCAGCAGCUUUGCUCCAGUCUCUGCACCCAGAAAUCAGACCUUCACGUACAUGGGCAAGUUCUCCAUCGACCCCCAGUACCCUGGUGCCAGCUGCUACCCAGAAGGCAUCAUCAAUAUUGUGAGUGCAGGCAUCCUGCAAGGGGUCACCUCCCCAGCCUCGACCACAGCCUCGUCCAGCGUCACCUCCGUCUCCCCCAAUCCACUGGCCACAGGACCCCUGGGUGUGUGCACCAUGUCCCAGAACCAGCCUGACCUGGACCAUCUCUACUCUCCGCCACCACCUCCUCCUCCUUAUUCCGGCUGUGCAGGAGACCUCUACCAGGACCCCUCUGCAUUUCUGUCACCAGCCACCACUUCCACCUCCUCCUCUCUGGCCUACCCACCACCUCCUUCCUACCCAUCCCCAAAGCCGGCCACGGACCCAGGCCUCUUCCCCAUGAUCCCAGACUAUCCUGGAUUUUUUCCAUCUCAGUGCCAGAGAGACCUACAUGGUGCAGCUGGCGCAGACCGCAAGCCCUUUCCCUGUCCCCUGGAUUCCCUGCGGGUCCCCCCUCCACUGACUCCACUUUCUACCAUCCGUAACUUUACCCUGGCGGGGCCAAGUGCAGGGGUCACAGGACCAGGGGCAAGUGGAGGCAGCGAGGGACCCCGGCUGCCUGGUAGCAGCUCAGCUGCGGCUGGGGCUGCUGCCUACAACCCACACCACUUGCCACUGCGGCCCAUCCUGAGGCCUCGCAAGUACCCCAACAGACCCAGCAAGACCCCGGUGCAUGAGAGGCCCUACCCAUGUCCAGCAGAAGGCUGUGACCGGCGAUUCUCCCGCUCCGAUGAGCUGACACGGCAUAUCCGAAUCCACACUGGCCACAAGCCCUUCCAGUGUCGGAUCUGCAUGCGCAACUUCAGCCGCAGUGACCACCUCACUACCCAUAUUCGCACGCACACGGGUGAGAAGCCCUUUGCCUGUGACUACUGCGGCCGCAAGUUUGCCCGGAGUGAUGAGAGGAAGCGCCAUACCAAGAUCCACCUGAGACAGAAGGAGAGGAAAAGCAGUGCCCCCUCCUCGUCAGUCCCGGCACCUUCCACAGCCUCCUGCACAGGAGGCACGCAGGCGGGGGGUGCACUGUGUGGCAACAACAGCAGCACUCUGGGUGCAGGGCCACUGGCCCCUUGCUCCUCUCGGACCCGGACACCUUGAGAUGAUACGCAGGCUGACACACCAGCUCCUUGAAAUCCCCAGAGGCCCUUGGUCCACUCAGCUGCAUGACAAACACUACCACCCUCCCUGCCCCUCUCUCCUUUCUCUGGGCAAAGGGCCUUAGUGGAGCCCAGCACUGCCCCUGCCCUUUUCCAUGGAGAAGCAGGUCCUUCUUAAGCCCAUGUUAGCCUCUCUUAGGGGAGCUGACUGUCACCCCAAGGCAAGAGGGAGGCUCGGAGGGGUUGAGUGGGUGCUGCUGGUCUAGAGGGCUAAGGUCCCACCCUGCUUUAAAGGGUUAUUGGACUAGGUUUGCUUCCUCCUUCCUUUUAUUUGACCCAUUACAGUCUUUUGGCCCUGGACGUCAGAGUUGACAUGAGACUUUUCCUACAGUAGGUUGGGAGAUGCUGACCCCAUCAAGUGGGACAGCAAAAAGACAAGCGAAACUGAUGUGCACUUUAUGGCUUGGGACUAAUUUGGCGGGCGCUGUACAGUGAGUGAAGCAUGGCCUUUAUGCUGCCUCUGUGGCCCUAGAACAGUGAAUCAAAGCUUAUCUAGUCGUCUCAACCCUUUAAGCAAUAUGUAUUAUAAACUCAGAGAACAGAAGUGCAAUGUGAUGGGAGGGACAUAGCAAUAGCUGAUCCUUUUUGAGUUGUUUGACAAACGUAAAGACUAUUUUUUCAGUUUAUAUUGGCUCAGAUUUUGCGUAUUUUUGAUGUGCACUGUGCUCCAAGUUCUGAACCUUUGGGAAAAAAAUGUAAAGCAUUUAUGAUCUCUUGAAAUGAGUCAGAGGUUAACUUAUUUAAAGGGGGAUGUACAUAUAUUCUCUGAAACUAGGAUGCAUGCAAUUGUGUUGGAAGUGUCCUUGGUGCCUUGUGUGAUGUAGACAAUGUUACAGGGUCUGCAUGUAAAUGGGCUGCCUUACUAUGGAAAAAAAAAAUCAUUCCCUGGGUUUAGUAUGGCUGUAUAUUUCUGCCUAUUAAUAUUUGGAAUUUUUUUUAGAAAGUAUAUUUUUGUAUGCUGUUUUGUGACUUAAAAGUGUUACCUUUGUAGUCAAAUUUGAGAUAAGAAUGUACAUAAUGUUACUGGAGCUGAUGUGUUUGGUUAUUAGCUCUUAAUAGUUGUGGAAAAAUAAAUGAUCUAACGCAAAACCACUAACUAAGGUUCAGAUAAUGGAUGGUUUAUGACUAUAGUGUAAAUAAAUACUUUUCAACAAUA